AUGGGCUUGUUGGGAUCUAUCUUCGCGGCUGUGGCUUGCAUCCUCGUAGUUGGAACCAUCACCCGAAUCCCCUACGACAGCAUUUUGCUUGUGAAAGAGGCAAAGAUCAAGAGCGCCGAGACCAUCCUGGCAUCAAACCUUAAGAGAGAUGCGGCAGGCAAAGCAAGGAUUGAAUCUGAGCUGCAUGCUCUGCACCAGAAGGAGCGAUCCCUCGAGGUGGAGGAGCGUCAGUUGAGUGCACGCCAUCAAGAGGACAAGAAUGAGUUCCAGCAGCUCAAGAAGGAGCUCAAAGAGAAACAAUUGGCGGAUCUAAACCUGCAAAAGACUAUUGAUGAGCUGAAGCUAGAGAGGGAUUCUAAGCUCAUCAAGGCUGUCUCAGACACUGUUGAGGCCUCCAAGCAUCAAGUCUUGAAGACAAAAUCUGGCAGCUCUCAUGCAAAACCAGCUCUCGCUGCGAACAAAGUAAAAUUCCAGUUGCUCAGGAAGAAGGUUUAUCCCAAGGGCGGCGGAGCACAAAGAGCCAUCAAAUUGAUUGACAUCAAAUCGAACGAUUGCCUUCCUCCCAAAGUUCUGGUUGACGGAGUGUGUCUUUCAGACCCUGAAAGUAUGAAACCUCCUGCUUUCUGCUCCGACAAGAACAGUGCACAAUGCAAAGAGUGGAUGGCAAAGAGAGAGCAACUUAUCGAAACCUACAAGCAGCAGCUGAGGGAUAAUUACCCAUACAGAUACAGCGAGGACGAGUAUUCUGGAGACUGGCACUACACCCCAGGAUUCAGCCACAAGUAUCGCGUGAUCCCUCAAAGAUACCCUCACAAGGACGGAUCCGAUCUCGGGGACAAUUACAUCUCUGGCCUCAGUGAUAGGGACUUCGAAACAAGAGAGUUUGACGAUGCCUUUGUUCGAAGCUCUGCCAGCAAGACUCGAACGCCUGUCAUGUUCAGGCCUGUGACCGGAUUCCAUGACACCGAUCUUACAGGACGAUAUCAGCUUGAGCACUUGAAGCCCGUCGUCCGGUCGAUGGACAAGGGGACCAUGGAUCUCCAGCAUGAACUCUUCGGAGACGACAAGUACUACGAUGAACCGUUCUACUCCAAACAGUACCAUCCCAAGGUUGAACCCCGCGUGUUCAACACACAAGACCGCUUCCGCCCUCUCUCUGCUGGAAAGGUCCUGAAGGAGAACCAAAAACUCGCAGUUAAGGGAGACCUUACCCCUGAAGAGUCGCAGCUUGUCUAUGGGAACAUGGGCUCAGAUAAGUGGUUCAAGGAUGACAAGAUGCCUGCAGAGACUGUCAUGGAACAUCACAAGAACGACUUCCGCAAUCGCAAGGCGCGUGGCGAGCCUGUCAGCGACGCUCUCAUUGCUGGCUGGGACAUGAUGAACGGAGUGGCGGAUCCUUGA